GUUGGUCUGCAGGAGGUUCUAGAGGAACAUAAGAUCAGUCUGAGGAGGAGAUGUGAACGUGUGACUGAAGGAAGUGAUGAACCAGGAAGUAGAACCCUCCUCAACAGGAUCUACACUGAUCUCUACAUCACAGAGGGACAGAGUGAAGAGGUUAAUACCCAACAUGAGGUGAAGCAGCUGGAGAGAGCUUCCAGGAUCCAGAACCUCCAUGACUCUCCAAUCAGGUGCCACGACAUCUUUAAAGCCUUACCUGACCAACAUGGAGCCAUCAGAGUGGUUCUGACCAACGGCGUCGCUGGUGUUGGAAAAACCUUCUCAGUGCAGAAGUUCACUCUGGACUGGGCCGAGGGCUUGGAGAACCAAGAUGUCCGUGUGGUGGUUCUGCUGUCGUUCAGGGAGCUGAACCUGAUCAGAGGUGAGCAGCACAGUCUUCUCACGCUGCUCCAUGUUUUCCAUCCAACCCUCCAGAAGCUCCCAGCAGAGCAGCUGGCUGCCCACAAACUUCUCUUCAUCUUUGACGGCCUGGAUGAAAGCAGACUUUCUCUGGACUUCAACCACAGUCGGCUUGUUUCUGACGUCACACAGAAGUCAUCAGUCGACGUUCUGCUGACAAACCUCAUCAAGGGGAACCUGCUUCCCUCGGCUCUGGUCUGGAUCACCUCCAGACCUGCAGCGGCCAAUCAGAUCCCUCCUUCAUCUGUUGCCAGGGUAACAGAGGUACGAGGCUUCACCGACGCCCAGAAGGAGGAGUACUUCAGGAGGAGGUUCAGUGAUGAAGAGCUGUCCAGCAGAAUCAUCUCCCACAUCAAGACCUCCAGGAGCCUCCACAUCAUGUGUGGAAUCCCAGUCUUCUGCUGGAUCACUGCUACGGUUCUGGAGAACAUGUUGACCACAGAGCAGAGAGGAGAGCUGCCCAAGACCAUGACUGACAUGUACUCUCACUUCCUGCUGGUCCAGACCAGGAGGAAGAACAACAAGUGGAAGAAGAACAAGUACCAUGAAGGACAUGGGAGGAGUCCACAGGAGCUGAUGGAGGCUGACAGGGAAGUUCUCCUGAAGCUGGGGAGGCUGGCGUUUGAACAUCUGGAGAAAGGAAACAUCAUGUUCUACCAAGAAGACCUGGAGCAGUGUGGUCUGGAUGUCACAGAGGCCUCGGUGUACUCAGGAGUUUGUACAGAGAUCUUCAAGAGAGAGAGCGUGAUGUUCCAGAAAGCAGUCUACUGCUUUGUUCAUCUGAGCAUUCAGGAGUUUCUGGCUGCAGUCUACAUGUUCCACUGCUUCACCAGCAGGAACACAGAGGUGAUGGAGAAGUUCCUGGGGGGAUACUACUACAAUUACUCUCUGAAGGGCUUCCUGAAGAGAAUCAUGGAUAAAUCCCUCAGAAGUAAAAAUGGCCACCUGGAUCUGUUUGCUCGCUUCCUUCAUGGCCUCUCUGUGGAGUCCAACCAGAGACUCUUAGGAGGCCUGCUGGGUCAGACAGAGAACAGUCCAGAAACCAUCCAGGAAGUGAUCGACAAUCUAAAGGAGAUGAACACUGAUAAAAUCUCUCCUGACAGACAAAUUAACAUCUUCCACUGUCUGGUGGAGAUGAAGGACCUCUCAGUUUAUCAGGAGAUCCAAAAGUUCCUGAAAUCAGAGAAAAUAUCAAAGAAGGAGCUUUCUAUGAUCCAGUGCUCAGCUCUGGCCUACAUGCUGCAGAUGUCGGAGGAGGUUCUGGAUGAGUUGGACCUGGAGAAGUACAACACAACAUCAGCAGGACGACUGAGACUGAUUCCAGCUGUGAGGAACUGCAGAAAGGCUCGACUUAAUGGCUGCAAACUCUCAGAGACUGAAUUUGAAGUUGUAGCCUCAAUUCUGAAGUCUAACCCCUCUCAUCUGACUGAAGUGGAGAUAAGAGAGAUUGAAGGAGUGAAAGACUCUGGAAUGAAGCAUCUGUGUGAGAUACUGAAGAGUUCAGUCUGCAGAGUUAACAUCCUGAGAUUGGAGAGCUGCAGUUUGUCAGAGAUCAGCUGUUCUUCUGUGGUUUUGGCUUUGAAGUCCAACCCCUCCCAUCUGACAGAACUGGACCUGAGCAGAAACGACCUGAAAGAUGCUGGAGUGAAGGAGCUCUGUGGUUUUCUCCAGACUCCCCUCUGCAAACUACAGAUAUUGAGAUUGAGUUACUGCAGUUUGUCAGAGAUCAGCUGUUCUUCUGUGGGAUUGGCUCUGAAGUCCAACCCCUCCCAUCUGACAGAACUGGACCUGAGCUGGAACAACCUGAAAGAUGCUGGAGUGAAGGAGCUCUGUGGUUUUCUCCAGACUCCCCUCUGCAAACUACAGAUAUUGAGAUUAAACAACUGCAGGUUGUCAAAGAUCAGCUGUGAUUCCCUGUGUUUGGCGCUGAAGUCCAACCCGUCCCAUCUGACAGAACUGGACCUGAUCUACAACAACCUGAAGGAGUCAGAUGUUCAGCAGCUGCAGGAUCUUGUAAAGAGUCCAGACUACAAACUGAAAUCUGUGUAAGUAGAUGGCUGGAGUGAGUCCAGCUGCUGUCAGCAGAACUGUUCUGAACCCAGUUGGUACCAAAGCAAAGAUCCAGUGUUUCCAGUAAAGCUGCAGCUUCUCAGUGGGAGGAGAAU